UUAAUAACAUUAUAAAUAGGGCUGUGUUCAGCUUGCUGCAUGCUCACUCUCCCUUCCACCUUCUCCCUCCUCCUCCUCCUCCUUCUCCUCUUGCUGCCGCUGCUUCUCCCUGCACAUCCAUCACAGCUCUGUGGACAUGGACCGGUCAGGCUUCGUACUCAAGCUCUUUGGCUUGCUGCUAUGCCUCCUGCCCGUUCUCCAGGCAUGUCCUCAGAACUGCCACUGCCACGGGGGAGACCUCCAGCAUGUCAUCUGCGACAACGUUGGGCUGAGAAGGAUCCCCAAGGUAGCUGAGCAGACGCGUCUCCUCAACCUGCAGAGGAACAACUUCCCCGUCCUGCCGACCAACGGUUUCAGGGAGAUGAAGAACCUUGUCUCUCUCCACCUCCAGCACUCUCACAUCAAAGAGAUCUCCAGUGGAGCCUUCCGGGGCCUGAAGCAGCUGGUCUACCUUUACUUGUCCAACAAUGACAUCAGCGUCAUAAAGAUGGGGGCCUUCGAUGACCUGACGGAGCUCACCUACCUCUACCUAGACCACAACAAGAUCCCAGACCUGCCCAAGGGGCUCCUCUCCCCACUGAUCAACCUUUUCAUCCUGCAGCUAGGCAGCAACAAGCUCCGAGAAUUGAGAGCAGGAGCCUUCCAUGGGACCAAGGAUCUCCGCUGGCUCUAUCUCUCGAACAACUCUAUCAACUCCGUCCAUCCUGCGGCCUUGGACGAUGUGGAGAACCUAGCCAUAUUCCACCUGGAUAAGAACCAUCUGACCAGCUACCCUGGGGCUGCCAUGAGCAAGCUGAGAGUGGUGGAGGACCUGAAACUCUCAAACAACCCCAUGAAGAUCAUCCCGGAUUUAGCCUUCCAGUCCUUUGGGCGCUACAUGGAGACACUCAGCCUGGACAACAUGGGCCUAGAAAAGUUUUCAGAUAAAGCAUUUGCUGGCGUAACCACACUGAAGACUGUUCACAUUGAGAACAACAAACUGUCCAGUCUUCCUGGGAACUUCCCUUUCGGCCGUCUUGAGACCCUCACCCUGUCGAACAACCCUUGGCACUGCUCCUGUCAGCUAGCCCCUCUGCGCAGGUGGCUGGAAUCCACUCGAUCACGCCCUGAUGCAGCCUGCGCAUCGCCCUCUUCAGCUCGAGGACAGCAGAUCAGAGAUACCUCUGCACUCCGCGGUUGCAAGGUCCCCACGAAGAGGUCCAAGAAGGGAAGUCGCCAUUAAGCAGGCAAUUGUUCCCCCCUCUCCUGUUUUCUAUUUAAGAUGCCUUUCAGAGAACCCUUCCCACACGGGCUUCGCCUGAUCACACCCAAAAUUACCCCAUAAAAUAUUAUGAGACCACACCCAUAGUAUCAAACAGGUGACACAUUUUCUAGCACCAGUGUCUGCCCACGUAUAUUUGCAACCGGAGAAAGUGAGGCGAGUGAGGUCCUGAUUCACAGUGUUGUGCUGUUUUUCAGAAUGGGAGGGCCUGCCAUGUUGCUCUAGCCUAGACAGAACUAAUGCCUAGCUCUCUGUUACUGGUAGUGUCAGCAGCAAAGCUGUUCCAUAGGCUUCUUUGAGUGGAAGCCUCUUCUACUCAUCCCUGAGGCCCACUGGAAGGGCAUAAUUACGUAAGCUGGCAGCAUAGGCACCCAGCCUGUUCCUGUUCUCUGUCUCAACAGAAGGCUUCAUUUUGUAUAGUUGUCAAAAGUCCAAUACCUUACAAAACACAUACAUUUGCAUUACAUACAAGGACCCCGUGUCCCAGAACAUGGCAUCCCGGUAGUCAGAGAUGGAUGCAGUUCAGAGAAGCGAGGUUGGAAACAACAUAGUUUCUUGUUGUCAAAGGUUUGGGCAGGGAAAGGAGUCCAGAGAAACGAGUGAGAAACAGAAAGCAACAGAUGAGAGAAUCUUGUUCCAAAGCUAAGCUGCUGGCUAUGUCUGUCUAUACCCUGACGCUAUGUCAACUCAUCUAUUGGCUAAACCCAGCUGAGCUCCUGCCUCCUGAACACUGUGAAUGUACCAGAGCAUGUUUUAUUGCCUGACCAGAGGUGCGUGUUUUUCCAUGGAAAGUUCUCCUGUUUGAGUCAUCUCUGUUUUAAAAUGGUCACUCUGCAGAACUUUUGAAACUUGCUGGAGGUACCGAUCAGGGCGUUCUGCCAGGAACUCACUAAAUCGUCCUGGGCAAGACACUCAUGUCCAGCCUCAGUCCCUCCACCUGCAAUAUGGGGUGGUGGUAAAACUAACUUGCCUUGCAAAGCAGGUGAGGUGCUCUGAAAAUGUGAAAGCGCCAUACAAAUGUUAAGCAUAAUUAUUAUUGCGCUUGAUCUGCUCAGAAUACUUUUUAGGUUUAUGGAGGUAUUUCUUUCUUUCUUCUUCCCUGCCCUCCCAGGACCCAGGAAAGCUGGUCCAGGUGACUGGCUGCUUCAACCAAUCAGAAAACUACUGACUCCAUCCAAGCCCUUCAUCCCCAAGCAGCUCCACCCCUUCAAGAAACAUAUAUCUGGUAGCCACCACCUCUUGCUAUAUGAAGAUCGCAGAGUGGAAUCCACCAUUUCAUCCCCCCCCCCUCUGUUAUUAUAUCUAUUAUUUUAAAAGAUUUAGUUGUUAACAAAAAACAAAACCUAAACUUAUGCAUCGCAGUGCUAAGACACAGCUAAACUAGAUCCUGCUGGUAAAGUACACAGUCCUCUUUCUUGAUGCCAUUCAGCUACUCAGUUUGUCUCUGGGAUUUGCCUUCUAACAGGAUGGGAGUUAACAGAGAACAUUAAAAGUUUCUCCACAUCCCCAACCCAAUGAAUCCCUGAUUUCGCAUUGGAAACUUUGUACUUGAGCAGAACCUUAAAGUCUACCAGCAUGAGAGCAUGAAUUCGGUGCGCGGCCUAUACUGUGAGGAAAGUUUUUGGGGGGUUAUUCUGAAUGCAAAGGUUGCAUUGCCGUCUUUUGAUAUUUGGCGUGGGUGCCACCUGGGUGGUUGUCAAUAGGGGAGAAGCAAUGGGACAAACGCUGGAAGAUUGCUGGAAACAAGGCAUGGGGUGGGAAAGGGAUUGAGCAACAGUGACAUGUGAGCAAUUCUCAGCUCCAUCUAUAUUGUACGUCUGAACUGGUUUAAGAAUCAGCUUUCCCAAUGCAGGCAAGCUUAAGGUGAGGGGUUCUAGGGAUCUCCAAUGGGGAAUUCUCAGCACCCACACAUGCCAAUAUUCCUUAUGGUAAGCAGUUAAAAUAUGGCCACAGACUGCUGUUUCCCUCCCAACCAGUUCAAUGUAAGAAAGAGACUGAAUCACCAACUAGAGGGCUGCAAUGGUUGUUCUGCCCUUUCCAAUGCCCAGUCAUUCAAGAAUUUGCCACCUGAUGUUCGAUAUCCCAUUUGAACUGCCAAAUGCAGAACCUUUAUAUCCAAUUCAAUCUAGAUACUCUGUGUAGAAAAACAAACCAAAGAACAACAUCCUUGCCCUAUGAUUUGCGGAAACAUGAGUGCAAUCCUGGGACUAUAUAAAACAGGGACAGUGAUUUGGGUCUUUAUUCCUGGUAUAAAUAGAUUCUCUCGCCCCCAUGCAAAUAGGGCAAGAAGGCCAUCAGGCUCUGGUAACAAAGUUAUCCUUACCAUUUUUGUGGUAAGGAUUUCACAACUUGCCCUUCAACCAUACAUGAGCGGCAACAAUGGAUUUAUUGGACGUCUUUGAGCUGGGAUCUCCAGAAUCUACCUAUAUAACACAUGCAGUAUAACUCUCCAGGUUCAGCUCAUAAGAGAUGGAGCAUCUCUCCUGUUUGAGGCGCUACCACAGUGAAUCUGUACUCAGGACUGCAGUUGUAGCAGUAUGGGUGGGCUAGCUGGUCACCAUGAAAAUUAACAGCAGAUUUUCCUCUCUAGGCUGAUCAGACUAAACAGAAAUCUAGGGUUCAUUGGAAGUGAAGCCCUUUUUUUACUUGGGGGAGGCAGGGACUGGUUCCUCAAUUACUGAUUUUCUAAUCACACACACACAACAGUUCCCCGAAAGGCAACUUGGCUAUUGCCCACCAUUACUGAUCCUCCUGGUCAGUAUGCAGAUCCAAGAGGGGGUUUUCGGUGGCUUCUAGGCUGCACUCUCGGUUCAUGUUGAGCAAUGACAAAGCCUAAUGGAUUUGGACGGCAUGCCUUGCAAAUGGAGAUUGCGCCCCAGAAUCCUUUCUGCAUGCAAGGCUCUUGAGCCGAUUCACAGGGGUUCAUUGGCAGACACUGAAACAGAGGAGGUUUCUCUUAGGGAAGAUUGAAACCCACAGUCCUAGAACAACAAGAUAUCAUGAGGUGUGCGCAUAUAGAAUGGGAGGGGGUGGGAGGGGGGAGACAACACAAAGGGAUUCUUACCUGCCAUCCUGAAAAAAAGAUUCCUCCAUCCACCCUAUGACAUAUAGCUGUUUGCAGCAAGAUGACUGUGGCUUAUCACCAUGGAUUUUACCGUACGACAAUUUCAAUUUAACUGCUUUUAUUAUUUUUUAAUCCUGAAGGUUUAUAUAAAUAUAUAAUAUUUAUUCCUCUGUUACCGAGUGUAAAUGACUCCAAGGAGGAUUUUUUUAAAGAAGAAAACAAAACAAAACACCAAGAUCCUCUUACUCAUAUGUAGAAAACAAAUUAUAUAUUUUCUU